GCGAGGGCGAGGGAGGAGCCUUGGGGGAGGGGGGCCACCAGGAAGCCGCGGACGCCGCCGCGCGUCUGCACACCUCGCUCCGUCUGCCAUGGCUGGUUAAAGAACCAGCCGGCUCGCAGCGCGGGGGGAGGGCCGGGGAGUGCGGCGGCCGCGCGGGAGGCCGAGGGAGGGGCGGCGGCGCGAGCGGCGGCGGCGGCGGUUCCAGCAUGAAGAGGAGAGCUGGCCUGGGGGGCAGCAUGAGGUCAGUGGUGGGCUUCUUGUCCCAGCGGGGCUUGCAUGGGGACCCCCUGCUCACUCAGGACUUUCAGAGGAGACGCCUGCGGGGCUGCAGAAACCUCUACAAGAAGGACCUCCUCGGCCACUUCGGCUGUGUCAAUGCCAUUGAAUUCUCCAACAAUGGAGGCCAGUGGCUGGUCUCAGGAGGAGAUGAUCGCCGGGUUCUGCUAUGGCACAUGGAACAAGCUAUCCACUCCAGAGUCAAGCCCAUACAGCUGAAAGGAGAGCAUCAUUCCAACAUUUUUUGCCUGGCUUUCAACAGUGGGAACACCAAAGUAUUCUCUGGAGGAAAUGAUGAGCAAGUUAUCCUCCAUGAUGUUGAAAGCAGCGAGACCUUGGAUGUGUUUGCUCACGAAGAUGCAGUAUAUGGCUUGUCGGUGAGCCCAGUGAAUGACAAUAUUUUUGCCAGCUCCUCAGAUGAUGGCCGAGUUCUCAUCUGGGACAUCCGGGAGUCUCCGCAUGGAGAGCCCUUCUGCCUGGCAAACUAUCCAUCAGCCUUUCACAGUGUCAUGUUUAACCCUGUGGAGCCCCGGUUAUUGGCCACAGCUAAUUCAAAGGAAGGAGUGGGACUCUGGGAUAUUCGAAAACCUCAGAGUUCUCUCCUGCGCUAUGGUGGCAACCUAUCCCUUCAAAGUGCUAUGAGUGUGCGAUUCAACAGCAAUGGGACCCAGCUCCUGGCCCUGAGGCGUCGCCUGCCCCCUGUGCUCUAUGACAUCCACUCCCGCCUGCCUGUGUUUCAGUUUGACAAUCAGGGUUACUUCAACUCUUGCACCAUGAAAAGCUGCUGUUUUGCAGGAGAUCGUGACCAGUAUAUCCUUUCAGGCUCUGAUGACUUCAACCUGUACAUGUGGAGAAUUCCUGCAGAUCCAGAAGCAGGUGGCAUUGGUAGGGUGGUCAACGGAGCCUUCAUGGUGCUGAAAGGGCAUCGGUCUAUUGUUAACCAGGUCCGAUUUAACCCCCACACCUACAUGAUCUGCUCUUCUGGUGUAGAAAAGAUUAUCAAGAUCUGGAGCCCGUACAAGCAGCCAGGUUGUACCGGAGACCUGGACGGUCGGAUUGAGGAUGAUUCCCGCUGCCUCUAUACGCACGAAGAGUACAUCAGCCUUGUGCUGAACAGUGGGAGUGGCCUGUCGCAUGACUAUGCCAACCAGUCUGUGCAGGAAGACCCCCGGAUGAUGGCCUUCUUUGACUCUCUGGUGCGCCGUGAGAUCGAGGGCUGGAGCUCUGACUCAGACAGCGACCUCAGCGAGAGCACCAUCCUCCAGCUGCAUGCAGGGGUCAGCGAGCGCUCAGGAUACACCGACUCAGAGUCCUCGGCCUCGCUGCCCCGCUCUCCUCCACCCACAGUGGACGAGUCUGCCGACAGCGCCUUCCACCUGGGGCCUCUGCGGGUCACCAACACAAAUGCAGUGGCGUCAACCCCGCCACCGCCUACAUGUGAAGAUGCAGCCUCUCGUCAGCAGCGCCUGUCUGCUCUGCGCCGCUACCAGGACAAACGCCUCCUGGCCCUUUCCAACGAGUCCGAUUCUGAAGAGAAUGCCUGUGAGGUUGAACUGGACACAGAUCUCUUCCCCCGGCCACGGUCUCCCAGCCCUGAGGAUGAGUCCAGCAGCUCCAGCAGCUCCAGUAGCUCCGAGGACGAGGAGGAGCUGAAUGAACGUAGAGCAUCCACCCGGCAGCGGAAUGCCAUGCGGCGCCGACAGAAGAUGCCCCGAGAAGAGAGGCCCAGUGCCCCGACCAAGACUGCCAACACCUACAUUGGAGAAGACAAUUAUGAUUACCCCCAGAUCAAAGUGGAUGACCUCUCCUCCUCCCCCAACUCCUCCCCGGAGCGGAGCACUUCCACUCUGGAGAUUCAGCCAAGCCGGGCAUCACCAACUUCUGAUAUAGAGUCUGUUGAGCGAAAGAUUUAUAAGGCUUACAAGUGGCUUCGCUACUCCUAUAUCUCCUACUCCAAUAACAAAGACGGAGAGAGCUCCCUCAUGUCUGGGGAGGCAGAUGAAGGGAGAGCGGGAACCAGCCACAAGGACAACCCAGCCCCUUCUUCUAGUAAGGAAGCCUGUCUGAACAUGGCCAUGGCCCAGAGGAACCAGGACCUGCCCCCUGAGGGCCGCAGCAAGGACACUUUUAAAGAAGGGACUUCUGCCAGAAAUCCCAGCAAUGGCCCAGGCCAUGAGCACAGCAGCCACCCUUGGGCAGAGGCACCAGAGGACACCUCUCAGGACACCAACAAUGGUAGCUCUGUAGAACACUCUUUUGAAACGAAGAAGCUUAAUGGAAAGGCCCUGAGCAAGGCCCUGAGCAGCCGGGCUGAGGAGCCACCCUCUCCUCCUGUCCCCAAGGCGUCUGGCUCCACUCUCAGCAGCGGGUCUGGCAACUGUCCCAGGACCCAGUCUGAUGAUGGUGAGGAGAGGAGCCUCGAAACCAUCUGUGCCAACCACAACAAUGGACGCUUACACCCCCGCCCCCCUCACCUCCACAACAAUGGGCAGAACUUUGGGGAGCUGGAGGCAGUGGCCUGCUCUUCCCCGGGACAUUCGGACACUGACCGUGAUAACUUGUCCCUGGCAGGGACACUACUACACAAAGAUUGUUGUGGGUCUGAAAUGGCCUGUGAAACCCCCAGUGCUGGAACGAGAGAGGACCCCACUGACCCCCCAGACACAGACAGCAGCAGGGCUGUUCAUGGCCAUAGUGGCCUCAAAAGGCACCGAGUUGAAUUGGAAGAUACAGAUUCAGAGAAUUCCUCCUCAGAGAAGAAAUUAAAAACAUGAUAAAUACAAAGGGAAAGCAAAAAGCUACAAAAAGUAGCUUUACAAAAAAAAAUUUUAAAUCUUGUUUAGUGAACACAAAGGAAAGGAAAAAAGUAUUAAAGACACAUAAAACCA